CGGGCACACUCUAGUUCAGUGCGUUAGACCCUUCGCGCAUAUCGAAAAAUUUGUAGGUUAAAAAGUUUUCAGUUGGAGUACAGAUUUAAAAAAAUAUAUCAAGAUAUUUGUGUGAAUGUUAAUGUCAUAGAAGUCUGCUAAGGGCUGCUCCUAGGAUACUCAAGGAUUCAACCAUACGAUGUACUACGAACAAAUUUUAGUGGAGUCUAUAAUUAUUUAAAAAUUAUAAAUGUUACAUACUGAGUUAUUAAGAUGGACAAGAGAGAACUAAAGUGCUGGAAUGUAAGUUAUCAGUGAAAUAAAAUGGAGCCACGGGGACAUUCAACAUCGAAAAACAAGUCCUUUUGGGCUGCGGUUGCUGUGCAGAUGGUCAUACUAACAAUGGCUACGAACAUCGUUGCUGAUUCUCUUCAGGCGUUAGAGCAGUCGCUGGGUAGCGCUUACGCGUGGACAUCUUGGAGCAACUGGGGACCAUGUUCAAGGACCUGUGGUGGAGGAGUGGCAGUACAAGAACGUGAAUGCCUUCCAAGAAAGCGUAAGAUCCUUACGAAUGGGACUAUAGAAGGUUCUGUAAGGAUCCAGCGUGCAGACUGCCCUGGCGUUAGCAGACGAUACCACGAGUGCAACACUAGUCCUUGCUCAGUUGGCGAGGAGUCACAAGAUAUGCGCAGUGAGCAAUGCGCAGCUUACGACGGGAGACCUUUCCACGGCCGCUUCUACAGCUGGGUGCCGUACAUCGAUGGCAAUGUACCAUGCUUGUUGAACUGCCGUCCAGUGGGGCAGCAGUUCUACGCGUCUCUCGGGAUAGUAGCAGACGGCACGCCAUGCACGAAGCCAGGAUACAGAGCUAUAUGUGUGAAAGGAGUUUGUAAGGCGGUGGGUCGGGAGUCGGUGAUGGCGUUAGCGGCCAACCGCGAGCUGCGGUGCGGCCGGCGGCUGGUGUCUGGUCUGUUCACGCGACCGCGGCUGCCGCUGGGCUACUCGCACGUCGCUACCGUACCGCGCGGCGCCUGUCGCCUCAACGUCUCCGAGAUACUGCCCAGUGACAAUUAUAUUGCUUUGAAAAUGACAAAUGGAUCGUAUGUAAUAAAUGGAGAGUUCGCCAUUAGCACGCCGGGUACAUACGACGCCGUCGGCGCUAGAUUCAUAUACUCGAGAGUGCGGGGUCUCGACUCCAUCUUCACUCUUGGACCUAUACACCAUCCUAUAGAUAUUAUGGUUUUAUAUACAGUUCCAAAUCCUAAUAUCAAGUACGAAUAUCUAACGGAUUCUCUACCAGGAGAUAUAAAGACAGAAGAACCAACAACUAAACUGAGCUCUAUAGAUUCACAAGGCACAGUAACACCAAAACAUACGAGAAGACAUCACGGUUACGAUAAUUAUCCGAAAUUUAUUGUUGAUAAUAUGCAUCCUGAUGUUAUUGGCUUAUCGAAAGAAAACACUAUCGCGAAAAAAGGCUUAGAUGAAAAUGUAGUUGGAACAAGGAGAUUCGUCUGGAAGAUUCUAUCGUAUACACAUUGUACUAGAAGUUGUGGUGGCGGAAUUCAGNUUGGCAAAUAUCGGUGUGUAGAAGAAACGACGGAAGGAGUGGAUAGAGAGAUAUCACCGGUCCAUUGCUCGGGAUCUGCCCCGUCGGGAAAGAGACGUCGCUGUGGUAUGAUCGCUUGCCCGCCGAGAUGGAGAGCUGCCGCCUGGUCUCCGUGCCCAACGUGUGGUCCUGCGAAUAGGACCAGAAUAGUUGGAUGCGUGCAAGAUCAUUCUAGAGGAAUUACAAAGGUUAACGAUGAUAAAUGUUCUCCCGAAAGGCCGAUUACGAGUGAAAAAUGCAACAUAGCAGAUUGUCCAAAAUAUAGUACUCUUGAAUCGAAACAUGUCAUACGCCUAAACGAGGAUACGGACACGUUUCGAGAAGGUCCCGUCUACACGAUAUCAGUGAACAAUUCUGAAACCGAUCUCGGACCCGAGUAUAGCUUAAGUGCUUCUGCUGGCUGGCUUUCAUCUGAUUGGUCCCAGUGUAUUGGAUGGUGCGUUGGUGGCGGGUUACAAACCCGCAGCGUGCGGUGCAGCGACCCGUCUGGUUGUUCACCUCAAAUAUCACCAGAUGUAAGAAGAAAUUGUACUGCGAAAGCCACAUGUGUGCCUCAUGAAGGACAUUGGUUUACAGGUGAAUGGUCGACAUGCUCAGCUCCGUGUGGAGGCAAACAGAUCCGCGGCGUUCUCUGUAUUGGUGAAACUGGCCGUCACCUGAGAGACUCAGCUUGCAAGGACCCGAAGCCGGCGAGUGAUCGCGACUGCGGCGACUGUGCGCCCAUCUGGUACUACAGCGAGUGGAGUAAAUGCGUAGGGAACUGUUCAUUGAAGACGGGAGUCCAGCACCGGUCUGUGGUGUGUGCGCGCGGUAGGAACGGCGCUAACGAGGGCGAGUGCGCGGCGCCGCGCCCCCCCGCGCACCGCCCCUGUCUCCCGCCAUGCCCCACUGACGACACGGAGCCGGCUGUGCUCACUAGCCCGUUUCACAAAACAAAUAAACAUACUACAACUACGACUUCCUCCACAACACAAACAAGCGCUAUUGAUGGGAACGACGACAAAGAUUGCAUAGACAGGUUGAGUAACUGCGCGCUGGCCGUGCAGGCCCGCCUCUGUCACUAUAUGUACUACAUCAGGAAUUGUUGCAACUCCUGUAUAAAUAUUAUUGAUAUACACUGAAGUCAUCACACUUGGAACUGAUGUAGUUAGUUUAACUCAAAUUGGCGCGUGGACCUUUUAUUAUAAUAUCCGUUUUACUGAUUGAGUUAGCUCACUAACUUAUCCGUUUAGUGCACAAGCGGUUUAACAUCUUAUCGUCACUUAAAGGUAACAUGAACCAAUUUAAGUUAAACUACUUAUAACUUAACAUUACUGACAAUUAUAUUUUAGUAUCUUUUAUAACUCGUAUUAUUAAAUUGGUGUGAUAUUGAAUUAUUUCUCAGAGUUUUAAUUUUUGAGAGAUAUUGUAUUUUUAUAAAAUUUAUAAUUUAAGAUAUUAAAAUCCUUUUAGAUAUUAAGAUUGUAACGUUUCAUUGUA